UCAACAUGCGAACCUCGUGUAUAACCUCAACUUCUGCUUUUACUCAAUGGAGGGAAAAACGAAACGAUAUCGAUUCCAAGCCUCCCACGCCUUGCCUUAAAAAAACAUCCCUUGUUAGUCUGCUUUGUCAGUUUAAUGGAGGAUGCACGCCUGAAACUCUGCACUGUGCUAUGCGUAAAAGAAUGGAAGAAAAUCUAAAAUAUAUUCAACAACUAUCUGGAAUGACUGAAGAAGAGGUUAUUUCAGCGGGAAUCGGACAAAAACUAUUGAUGGAUGGAUACGCUCCAAUGAAAAAUAAAGGACUUGUAACAAACCAUUUACAUAAAUUUCAGAUGGAAUUGUAUCCUUGUAAGCUUACAAAAUUGGGCGCUGAUCAUGUAUUUGCUCUCAGAGGAUAUCUUCGUGUUACAAUAAGGUAA